AUGGCUCAUGUGUAUCGCUUUUAUGAAAUCCCCAUGUCCAAGUCCAUGAGGGGCCUGUGUAAAGAGGAGGAUUACACAUUUUUGGGAAACUCUGGAAACAUCUGCAAAGUUCAAACAUCUGAAUCAGAGGAGGAAGAAAUCGCCUGUCGAGAAGAGAGGGUUCGCAGACAAAUGGAGAGAGAAAAGAAGGAAAGAGAGAGACUGAGACAACUUGAAGAAAGCAAAAAGGAGAAGGAGGAGCGGUGGAGGAGCCACGUGGCCCAACUCACCUCCAGUCAAGAGAAAAUACUGCAGCAGAGACUGGACAGGAUCAGGAAAUUCAGGGAGUUUCAGAGGCAAGUACUUUUGGAUGAAGCAGAGGCAGAGGGUGAAGCGGGACAGGACCGAGUGGACCACGCGAUGGCCCGGAUCUGA